AAGCGGAUAGGUCUCGCUUACAUGCUUCUGCCUCUGGGUCGAGAAAUACGGUAUGUAGCUCUCGACUGGACAACGAACCAAUCUCAGUGCGUGUUCCUCGGAACAAUUACUACUCUCUCGAUGCGUAAAAACCACUCUUUUCGCCGAUAUGCGAUUACAGACCAAGGGUAGCCCUGCUUGCUCCUGGCCUUCUCAGAAUUCGACCCCUCCGUCUUCAACACCUUACAUAGUAUCUCGCCAUGCCACCGACGACGAGAAGGGGGGCCAGGAAUCCCCUGCCACCGACGACGACGAUGACCGAGCCCCAACGGCUUCGGGGCAGCGCGAAAUGGGUCGAACAAGAUCUACACGAGCACCACGACGAAACGUCUUCUAGCUCCGAAUCCGAUGACGAAGGCAUUCCCGCUGUCUCUCCUCGCAAGCAGCAGGUGCGACCGCAUCCUACACUGUCCAUCAGGCAAUCACCUACGAAGCGCCGUCUCGAGGCAGACACUGGUCAACUCGGAUCAGCCAAGAGACGUAAGAUAAAUGCGCCGGGGAGAUCAGGAGACGGCUUACGACCCCCACCUCGACGCAGCAAUGGUUACCCGACCUCUGAUCUCGCACGAAACAAUGCAGCCCUUCCAGCGAAUAGCGCAUCUUCCAACGGUGCGAGUAGUGUUCGCACUACUACUGAAGAUGACGACUUCGAAGUUGUUGAUCCCGCCAUGUUAGCCAUGGUGAACAGCUCGUGCGGCAUUACAAGACGCACCGACUCGCCUGACAGGCAACUACAAACAGAAGCCCAAGAUGCCUACGACCAGCACUCGGAUGUUUCUGCUAUUGACCUGAACGAUCAAGAAGAUCCUAUCAAGCCGCAGCAUCUUGACGAGUCCGACCCAGAGGAUACUGAUCUCAGUGUUCAGCCUAAUCGAAAUGGACUCGUCGCGACGGAGGAAACUCUGGAACAAGGCAUUCAGAGACAUCAAUCAGGUCAAUGGAAAGAAAACGUCCUGUUCUCGCACAACCAUCAUCAGUUGAAGGAUCUUUAUGACUUCCCAGAUUCACCCGAGAACGCUUCCUCGAGCCAUAAACCACAAGUUUCGAAACCUCAGGCCUCACCUUGGAUGGACGAACAGAAGAAGCGACGGCAAAAACUCACGUCAAAACUUGUUCCUUCGCCGCACAAGGAUCAAAGAUUAGAAACGCCACCUGGGGCUGGCCAUAUUCAAUCCCCGACAUCAAUACCUGCGAGACCAAUUGCAGAAAUGCGAGUAGUAGUAGACUCGGAAGACCAACUACCUCCUGUGGCUACUCUUCGGCUUGUUCAGCCUUUGCUUGAGGAUGUUCCAGAAAAAAUCCAGAGUCGAACCGACACCGUUUCAAUGGAUGGCAAGGCCAAUGCUGCAGAGACGAUUGCUGGUCAUGCCAUGCACACUGAAGGUGUUGGGAAAUCUGAGAGUGAGGUGGCAACCACGGAUGAGCAAGGAGAUGAUUAUGACGCAGAAGAAGGGGGUCAACAGCUGCAACCCAUUUGCGACGACGAAGAAAUGGAUGAAUCUAGCGGCCUCGACGAAGGAAAUGAUGAAUCUGACAGCCUCGACGCGCGCUUCCUCAGGGAUGUUCGUAAAUUCAAGAACUCAAUGCACCCCAGAACUCAAGAUGGCCAGGAUAGCGGGAUUAGCGACGGCGAAGACGGCUUUGCCUUCUUUGAUCUACCGAUCAGCACCUGUGCUGUAACCAUUGGUUUACCCUCAGGAACACUGUCUAAGGCUAAGACCUUGAUGAAAAGGUUGGGUUGGUCUGCGCUGACCAAGAACUGGGAGACACGUCUCACAGAAAAUUGUGCGCAAACUGUCCCAGGAAAGCAUCUAGCUAGGUGCCUAUUGAGGAUGGAACGACUCCUGUUGAUGACGCCCCCAUCUCCACAGAUUGCUGCGCAGAACCGUUUCCUGAGCCAACACGAUGGUUUGCUAAAGCACUAUUUGCGUACAACCGGUGAAGCUAUUGAUUAUAUACUCUCGGAGAGAUUGUCUUUCACACGACACAAUUCUACGAAUGGAGACCACGAUGCGCGUCAAGAAAUGGCGAAGGACCUUGUGCGGUUAGUUAUACCACUAACAAUUCGUGUGCUCGGAAAGUCGUGGUCACUAGGUGGGGACACGCCUAAUGCGAGCUUUACGGUGUCUACGGUACAUAUCAUCUGCAGGCAGAUUGGAUGGCUCGAGAAGCUCUACGAGCCUCUCAUGGUCGAGCUCGGUCCGCUGAAUAUAGCGUCUCCAAAGGCAGAAGUCAGGGCACGUGAAGCUCUCAGACCGAUAUUAACCAACCUGUGCAAACUCCGCAACGAAGCACCCAGAAAACUGAAGGAGGAAGAUGACAAUCAGAAGCAGGCUGAAAGGAUCCGCCAAUUUCAACUACGUACGCAGGAAGAGAUCAAAAUCGAGCGAGAACGUGAAAGUGAAGAGAGGAUCAAAGCUAUCAAGGACCAUAACCGCAAGGUCGCUCAAGCUAUCCGAGGGAGGUCAUCACUUUCCCAAGUGGCGCCUGUCGAAGUCAAUUGGAGAGAAGAAGAAGAACUAUCGCUCUGUGAAUAUCUACAACGCGCCUAUGACCAUAACCCCCCUGUAUUGCCGAGAAUCCAGAACAUUUGCUUUAAACUAGGUCACGGCGUACCCUGCCAAGAGCAGAGGUCAUAUACGAUCCAUGGUGGAGGACUUGAUGCGACAGUGGCCAUAAAAAUGGCAGCUGGAGAGAAUGCGGGAUAUGAGGCCUACAUUACUGAUUGCUUGUUGGUAAUACUUGGCAAGUUUGCGUUGCGUUUGGCGUUGUUCAAUUAUAGAUACCCCUUUUCGCUAGGUUAGUUGAUUUGAAGAUGCCCAAAGAACCGCGGCCUUUUAUUUUAUCAUGUGCCAACGUUUGUUAACGGGGCACAUUGUUCACUGC